CCACUAACAGAAGGUGUGGACGUGACUAACUACAGCUGAUAACAACAAGUAACUACAAUUAUGGGGAGGCCUUAUCAUAUGAUACAACCUGGGAAGGAGCAUUGGCAGGCUGUGAAGAGGAUCUUCCGGUACCUUAAGGGUACACCUGAUGUGGGGAUUAGCUUCGGAAGUGAUACAGAGUGCUUGGUGUCUGGGUAUUCUGACUCGGACUAUGCUGGAGAUGUUGACACGAGGAGAUCGAUGACCGGUAAUGUAUUCACUCUUGGGAGUUCAGUAGUGAGCUGGAAGGCAACUUUGCAGUCGGCGGUGACAUUGUCUACUACUGAGUCAGAGUAUAUGGCGUUGACAGAAGCACAUAUGCUUGGCCAAGGAUCAAGUCCACCAUGAGAGGACUAAGCACAUCGACGUUAGGUAUCAUAUCUUGAGGACAGAGAAGAGGAUUAAGGUGAAGAAGGUUGGCACCGCGGAUAAUCCAGCUGAUAUGUUCACGAAGCCGGUUCCACAUGGCAAGUUCCAACACUGCUUGGACUUGCUGAAUGUCUUAAGUGGGUGACUCGGCCCUGCGGGGCAUUGAUGGCGGGAGAGAGAUAGAAGGAGCAGAGUACAUCAGAGAUUUCAGAGGAAGAGGAUUCAAGUCAAGGUGGAGAUUUGUUGAUGUGACUUGAAUCGCACUAUCAGCCGCUACGACUGGUAAUCGGGGGUCUCGCUGCCCGGCCCCCGGUUUAUGGACUCAAUGUUAUUUGGGUUCGGGUUCUGGGCUUGGUCUGUAACCGUUUCCUUUGCCAUAUUGGAUUAGGUUUAGACCCACAUGGAGAAGUACUAUAAAUACUUCUCAUACUCCUCUGUAAUCUGUAAUCUCCUCGAUAUAGUGAAACUGACUCUCUCUCGCCCGUGGACGUAGCUAACACACAUCGUGUUAGUGAACCACGUAUAUCGUGUGUCUGUGUUUUUUUCGAUUCUCGCUUUCGUAUUCUUGCUUUAUCGAUUCCGGCGAUUUCCCGAUCCGUAGCAGCGCGUUUAUAACAAAUAUCGACACCCUAUUAGACUUUUUGAGUCACGUAUUGGGUGGAAAUCUAACCAUUAUACUUCUAAUAAUACAAAAAGAAAAUAAGACAUUAGAUAUUAGAUAUUAUGGCAUAUAACAAAAUGUAAGAUAUUUGAUAUGAUCCAAAUUCGAAGAGAACCCUCGAACUCGAAUGGUAUGACCAAAGUACGCAGCCUUUCUUCUCGUUAAGGAAUUUUCGAAGCUUUUCUUGACAACUUGAAAAUAAAGGAUAGAUAUGGAACACGAUCAAACAGAUUCCAACUCGUGUGAAAGGCCAAUUGGUAUAUGAAACCAAUCAAACAAUCACCCACUCGUGAAUAAGGCCAAUCGCUAUUUGGUAGAUGCUCGCCACAACUAGACGCGUUCUCUAGUUGAUAAGAGACACGUGAAACUCCUGGACACUCUCGACAGAAGCUUGCACAAACGUUCACAAAGGAACACGAGUAAAAACUCUUAAUUGAUAACUUGAAUAUUGGGUACGAAAUUCGUAGCUCUUACAUCCUCUAUUUAUAGAGGUCAUAAAAACAUAAAUCUAACCUAAAAGGAAUAGGAAAAACGAAUCUCAAACUAACUAGGAAACAUAAUACUAUUUAAAUAAGGACUAUAGCUCGUUUUUAUAACCAAAGGAAGCUCCUUAGCAAAUAAGUAAUCUCCAAACACGUUUUAAUGCUUAAGGAAGCUUAUUAGUGGUUAAGCAAUCUCUUUCCUUGUCCUUUUCACAUUUGAACGACUUGGGCAGCAAUGAUGGACGUUUUGGGCUCCAAGAAAUGUUGUAGGCCGGAUCCUUAAUGCAUUUUCCAUUUUAUCCAUCAAGAAUGCUCCCAGUUGAUCCUUAAAUCGUUGAAUUCGAACCUUCAUUUUGGGACCACGAGAAUUGAAUAUCGCGUUAGUCGAUAUCGCAUCAAUAUUAUAAUAACACGUUGGAUUCAUA